UCGGAAAAAUACGAGCUCAAAACAUGACAUCAGUUAUCGUCAGGUCGGAAAGUCUGAGCGAUAGAAAGAGGCCCAAUUUCCCGAUGUGGAAUUCCGAGUUGGAUGACCGUUUUUCUUUUUUUUUAAAAUCACAGUCGGGGAUCGUUUUUUUCCCCGAGUUCGCAGUUGUUUUGAACGCACUGACGUCGGAGAUGUCCGAAUACCCAGAUCCGAGUUCCCUGUUGGUUUGAACGCGGCAUCAGUCGUAGAUUUGUCACUGUCAUGCGCAUUUGGGUUGUUGUUUAGAUUUUUUUAUGACAGGUUGAGGCCUCGGACUAAAUUAGGAAAGGAACCCUGUCCCUUGUCAGGGAAAUCCGCGAUGGAGGGCAUGGAUUUGGAUCUGGACCCGGAGCUUAUGCAGAAAUUUAGCUGCAUGGGCACCACCGAUAAAGACAUCCUCAUAGCCGAGUUUCAGAGACUGCUUGGGUUUCAACUGAACCCCGCUGGAUGCGCCUUCUUCCUGGACAUGACCAAUUGGAACUUACAAGCAGCCAUCGGAGCCUACUAUGACUUUGAAAGCCCCAACAUCAAUGCACCAUGCAUGUCUUUUGUUGGGGAUGUGACAAUCGGUGAGGGGGAGUCUGUUCCCCCUGACACACCAUUCACUAAGACGUGGAGGAUACAGAACACAGGAGCAGAGUCAUGGCCCCCUGGGGUAUGUCUGAAGUAUGUUGGAGGGGACCAAUUUGGUCAUGUGAACAUGGUGAUGGUGCGCUCAUUAGACCCCCAGGAGAUGGCUGAUGUCAGUGUGCAGAUGCGUAGCCCAGCGGCUCCUGGCAUGUACCAGGGCCAGUGGAGGAUGUGCACAGCCACAGGACUCUUCUAUGGGGAUAUGAUCUGGGUGAUCCUCAGCGUGGAGGUGGGAGGCCUCUUGGGUGUGACGCAGCAGCUGUCUUCCUUCCAGGCCGAGUUUAACACCCAGCCUGCCCGCAACGUGGAGGGAGACUACAACCCCUUCGCCUCUCCACAGAAACACGCCGGUAGCAACGACAACAGUCACCGUGACGACAGUGGUCUCAAGGACCCCGCGGACACCUGGGAGGGUGGCCCGGACGAAAUGCAGCAAGAGCAAAAUGGACUGUCACAAAACUCUGUGAAUAUAGCAACAAACGGUCUCCAAAGCAACUUAUCAGUAGUGACUUACAGCCAGGGUAUUCACGGACCCUAUCCUUUUGGGCAGUCUUAAGACAUGGGAAACAUCGUCACAACCAGGCAGCACUGUGUUCCUGGAUUCACAUCAACUAAUGAGGGAGGAUUACCUGUGGCUGGUGGAGUAUCCUGAGAUUCAUAUAAACACUUAUGCAAAGUCCCACCUCCACUUUACUGCAAAACAAACAGAAACCAGAAGACAUAGCUGCUCUGUUCUGUCCCAGCAUACGACUCAACCAACAACAUCCCACAUCCAGUGUAUGCAUGUGUGAAUGCUAAGUUAAAAAUGAGAGUGCUACAAAUCUUUUUAAAAGCGAUGAGAAGUUUUUUUUCUGAUCUUUAUUUUUUGUUUUUUAGUUGUCGUGUCUGAAUGCAGUUGAGACUAUAGUGAUGAAAGGAGUAGUGUGUGUCUGUUUGCGUGGUUGUGUGUGUUUGCGUGUGUUGUGCAACCUGAAAGAGACAGACUAGGGAGGAAAAGCCAUUUAUUUUGCGUACUGAUCCUCUAGUUCCUAAACUGACUUAAAAAAAUGUAAUCUGUUCUCUUCUUACUUUUUUAUCCUAAUUUCACAGUGUAUACUUUUCAGGGACAGGAGAGUAAUUCCACAAAUUCAGCAGCCUGAUAUGCAUGUAUUGUUGUUGAUGUAUUCUGGUAACAUCAAAUGAAGAACAGCUCAUUCACAUGCAUUUCCUGUUCACUAUUUGCUGUAGCUUCACUUUGAUUCUGUUACUCUGAAGUUGAGCUACAGUAUAUCCAUCCACUAGAGGGAGGUCUUUAUCAAAAUUGCAGUUGCCCAGUCCUGUAAAAAGAAAAAGAAACAUUAACAUUUACUCAAAGGAUCCACUAUAUCAGGGUCAAUACAUGGAAAGUAGAUUUGUAUCAGCACCCUGUAGGUUCAAUUUGUUUUCAUUUGUUCUGUAAGAUUGCAAAAGUCCACAUGUUGCAAAGCCAUGACGUUUCUGGCUUUUAUUGUCUUGAGUUGAAUGUAUUUGCAGAAUGUAGAGCUAUGUUGUUUUGAAGCAUCUUUGCUUAUUUUGCCCAAAGAUCUUAUACAUUUGCUUUGAAAAAGGCACAGCUUGAUUAAUGUUUUCUGAUUUUCUAGCCAUUUUGCUAAUGAUCCUGGGCUUUGGAAUAAACUGUUGAGGGAAAAUUCUGAAAUCACAAUUAGUGUCCUCUUGCUCAGACAUUAAAAUGUUAAACAACU